AUGAACUCCCUAUAUAAUCUCGCGGGUCGUCAAAGUGCUGCGAUCCGAGCAGAUAUUGAUGCGUAUUCGCGCGAUCCCUUGGCACAUGCUUCCCUCCGCUCACAAAUCAUGACGUCUCUCUCGGCAUUUGUCAAGACCAUCGAGGACUACGAGGCCAUAGCUAAGCGGGAGCUUGUCAUUUCUAAGCGAGAAAAGGCCCUUAACCGCGCAGCCAACUUCCAUGCUGAGGUGAGGCAAUUCCGUGAAGAGCUCGCGCAUGUACAAGCACGUCCACCUACUAAUGCUUCGUCCGCCUUGUCUUUUCACGCGGGAGCCAAUCCUAACACUACUGCAACACGAGCGCGCGUCGUAGAUAUGCAACCAUCUAUCGGGCAAGGAGGCGUCUACAGCACAGAACUUACACAAAGUUCUUCGACUUAUGCUCCGUACCAGCCUAUGGGAUAUUCCACGCCCUCGACGUCCACGCAUCAUAUGUCUGGCAUUCCAACGGUCUCUGUGACUACAGGCCAGCCAUCAUACUCGACUCCGGCCAUGCCAACUCCACAACAAGAUCCACUCGCUGCAUAUCGUAUACACUCGGCCACUUAUGCCCCCCCUGACGAACGUACCUACAGCAUGCGCGAGUCGCACGCAUUGCGGGAGCACUCAUUUAUUCAAAAUACUGAGAGCCAGCUGGACGCAUUUAUUACACAAGGCCGUUCCGUGCUCGGCAAUCUCACUGAGCAGCGGGGUAUCUUGAAGCAGACUCGCAAGCGCUUGUUAGACGCAGCAAAUACUGUUGGAUUGAGUCGUGAACUGAUCGGUGUAAUUGAUCGCAUGAGUACACAAGACACGAUAUUGUUCUUCGGUGGCGCCGUGCUCACCCUUACAGCCUUUUAUUUCAUCUACCGGUGGCUCGGUUAA